AUGAAGACAUUGGAGACAAGCAAUGGGGCAAGUGGUUCUAAUGAGGGAAAAAAUAGAUUUGAUGAAGAAUUGAAUAAUUGUAGAAAAUAUGAUAUGAUUUUGAGAAUUAUGGGGCUAAUUUUUACUUUAGUAGCUGCAAUUGUGGCUGGUUCUAAUAAGGAUACUGAAUCAGUUGCAAUAUCUCUUGUAGAUGGAUUGCCUCCUUUGCACCUUACUCUAACUGCUAAAUGGAGUUAUAUGUCUUCCACUGUGUAUUUUGUGGCUGUAAAUGCGAUAGCAUGUGCUUAUGCAGCGAUAUCUAUGGCGUUUAUAUCUCUAACAGGAGGAAAUUGUAAAGGCUCUAUCCUUGUUGUUGGUCUAGACUUGGCUAUGGUGGCAUUGCUUUUUUCAGCCAACGGGGCGUCGGCUUCAAUUGGACUCAUUGCUUUAAAUGGAAACUCACACACUCAAUGGCACAAAGUUUGUUAUGCUUUUAAAAGAUAUUGUAUUCAAGGGGGAGCCGCUCUUGUUUUAUCUAUGUUUGGUUCAUUCUUCUUUAUUUGUAUUGUGUUUCUAUUCACUUAUAAUCUUCAUAGAACUACUUUAAAUUAGUAAAGAGUCUAUGUCGAUAUAUAAAAAAGUUAUGAAGAAAUUAGAUGAAAUUUGUACUCAUAUUUAUUACUUGUCAGCUAUGUUUGUAGCCAUUGCAUUUCAAUAAGCUACACUAAUAAUACACCUACUAUUUAUAAUGGAAUUAACUCCAA